CCCAAGUGGUUUGUAUGGCCAAAAUGAUCACACCAUAUCCAUAUUUAUGCUCUUCUUGAAAUGAUACACAAUUAAGCUGCUUCACCUACACUACAUGCAUGGCUUCAUUGCCCAUUAAACCCACCUUAAACCCUCACAGCCUUACACUAAAACCCAAAUCAUUAGUGAAAUUCCCAGAGAAUCAUUUCAUAACAAACCAAGGAGAUGGCAGAAAGGAAAAACUUGUCAUCAAUAAAUCUUACUACUUCAAAGUUCUUGGGUCUUUAUGUAAAGAAGGUAAACUUCAAGAAGCUUUGGACUUUCUCAAGGAAAUGGAGUACCAAAAUCUGUAUGUUGGACCUGAGUUCUAUGGUGAACUCCUCCAAGGCUGUGUCUAUGAGAGAGACCUUCAAUUGGGAAAGCAAAUUCAUGCAAAGAUUACAAAAUGUGGUGAUUUCUUUGCCAAGAAUGAGUACAUUGAGACAAAGCUUGUGAUUUUUUAUGCAAAAUGUGAUGUUUUAUGUGUUUCCAACCAUUUGUUUUGCAGACUGAGAAAACAGAAUGUUUUUUCUUGGGCUGCUAUUAUUGGACUACAUUGCAGGAUGAAUAUGUCUAAACAAGCUUUGUGGAAAUUCAUUGAAAUGCUAGAAAAUGGGAUAUUAGGCGACAAUUUUGUUCUCCCAAAUGUAUUGAAAGCUUGUGGUGCUCUAAAUUUUGUUGAACUUGGGAAAUGUGUUCAUGGGCAUGUCUUGAAAUUAGGUUUUGAAGGUUGUGUAUUUGUGGCUAGUAGUCUUAUUGAUAUGUAUGGAAAAUGUGGGGUUUUGGAUGAUGCUAGAAAGGUUUUUGACUGUAUGGUUGAAAGAAAUGUAGUCGCGUGGAACUCAAUAAUUGUGAGUUAUAUGCAAAAUGGAUUCAAUGAGGAAGCUAUUGGAGUCUUCUAUAAUAUGAGGACUGAAGCAAUUGAACCAACUCGUGUAACUCUGUCGAGUUUUCUCUCAGCUUCAGCCAAUUUAUGUGCUCUACAAGAAGGUAAGCAAGGUCAUGCUAUAUUUAUUUUGAGUGGAUUAGAUUUGGAUAACAUCUUAGGGAGCUCACUUAUAAACUUUUAUGCUAAAGUUGGUUUGGUUAGUGAUGCUGAGGUAAUAUUUGAUCGGCUGAUUGAGAAAGAUGUGGUAACAUGGAACUUGUUAAUGUCUUGUUAUGUACAAUCUGGUCAGAUUGACAAGGCUCUCAACUUGUCUCGUUUGAUGAGAUCAAAAGGUUUUAGGUUUGACUCCGUGACACUAUCAUCAAUAUUAUCUGCUUCAGCAGAUUUAAGGGAUUUGAAACUUGGCAGAGAAGCGCAUUGUUUUUGUAUCAGAAACAAUUUUGAGAAUGACAUAGUUGUAGCAAGUGGUAUUAUAAAUAUGUAUGCCAAAUGUGAGAGAAUCCCAGAUGCAAAACGGGUUUUUGACUACACAAUGGAGAAAGAUCUGGUCUUGUGGAAUACAUUAUUGGCUGCUUAUGCAGAAGUGGGUUUGAGCGGUGAGUCAUUAAGAUUAUUUUACCAGAUGCAGCUGUUUGGUUUACCACAAAAUACGAGAUCUUGGAAUUCUGUAAUUCUUGGAUUCUUAAGAAAUGGACAGGUAAAUGAGGCCAUAGAUAUUUUUACGCAAAUGAAAACUGUUGGUUUGGACCCUAACACGGUAACUUAUACUACUCUUAUCAGUGGUCUAUCUCAAAAUGGUUACAGCAGUGAGGCACUUACAUAUUUUAAACAACUGCUUCAAGCAGGGUAUGGACCAAAUAGUGCAAGUAUUGUUGCUGCCCUCUCAGCGUCUACAAAUAUAGCAUCACUGCACGAUGGAAGAGCCAUUCAUGGAUACAUUUUAAGGCAAAAGAUUCCAUUAUCUCUUCCUGUGGCAACUUCAUUAGUUGAUAUGUAUGCUAAAUGUGGAAGUCUAAAUUGUGCAAAAUGCAUUUUUGAUUUGAUUCCGGAAAAGGAGUUGGCCUUGUAUAAUGCUAUGAUAUCUGGUUAUGCUUUACAUGGCUGUGUUGUAGAAGCACUUGCAUUGUUCCAACGUCUGCGCGAGGGAGGCGUGGAACCAGACAGCAUUACCUUCACCAAUGUGCUGUCCUCUUGUUGUCAUGCUGGACUGGUAAAAGAAGGCUUAGAUGUUCUUUAUGACAUGCUCUCUGUGUAUCAUGUGAAGCCAAGUGUGGAACAUUAUGGUUGUAUGAUCACUCUUCUCUCUAGGUGCGGUGAUCUUGAUGAAACUAUGCAGCUCAUUCAGAGUAUGCCUUUCGAACCUGAUGCAAAUGUUUUGGAAUCACUGCUUGUGGCUUGUAAAGAACUCAGAGAGACAGAACUCGAGGAACAUAUAGCUAAUUGCUUAAUUAAGAUGGAACCAGAUAAUCCAGGACACUAUGUGUCACUUUCAAAUGCAUAUGCAACAACUGGGAGAUGGAAUGAAGUCUCAAAACUGAGGGAUUUGAUGAAGAAAAAAGGUCUUAGGAAGAGACCUGGAUGCAGUUGGAUUCAGGUUGGAACCGAAUUCCAUAUGUUUGUUUCAGGAGACAGGUGGCAUCCACGCACAAAGGAAAUAAGUACAAUAUUGGCUUUGCUAGAUGGGGAAAUGCAGCUUUACUAGAUUCUAUUUCAACAACUGAGAAUAUCAAGUGAUCAUUCCUUGGGCACAUUGUCAUCUUUCAUGUUAAUGAGAUGAUAUCAAGAUGGCAAUCUUUAGAGAUUAAAAAUGGAUGGCUUGAAGACCAGAACAGCCCCAACACAAGAGAAUGUAAAGCAUGUCAUCACUUGUGAAAAAAUAUACGGAGUAUCUGUAUUUGUCUUCAGGAGACAACACUGAAGUUUUGAUGCUGGACCAGUUCAUAUAAAUUUCCUGAUUGAUCAGAGAACUAGAUGAGACAACAUUAUGCCUUGUGAGCAAAAUGAUCUCGUGUGUUAACCACUACUUGGAUAUGGGGCACUGUACUUGCAUCAUUUUAUUCACAACAAAGACUGAUGUAUGGAUUUGAUAGAUGACAGAGAUGGUCCUACAUGAGUUGUCUAGCGGAAGUACUUCCAUUCUUCUAGGUUGUGGUACUAAAGACCAAAUUGAAAUUCUUAAAACUAUUGGAGCUGCUGUAAAUAUACGCAUUUGACAUCUUUUUCUAGUAAAUUUCUCUAAACUGAUUAGAA